UCUUGACCUAGAGACUAUCGUAUCAAAAUCACACCAUGCCGCCGUCAAUGAAAGAAACGGGCCGUACCCCUGAGGCCGUGGAUGUGGUUAUCGUCGGUGCCGGAGUAUCAGGCAUAAACACUGCAUACUGGCUUCUAAAAGAGUUCCCUGAUAUAAAACUCACAAUUCUCGAAGCUCGUGGAGAUAUUGGCGGGACUUGGGAUUUGUUCAAAUAUCCAGGGGUCAGAUCAGAUUCUGAUCUCUAUUCAUACGGUUUCACAUGGCACCCUUGGCCCUUUCCACAGCCCGUUGCCGAAGGCCGGCUCAUAAAACAAUACUUGAAGGACUGUGCCUCUCAGCAUGGAGUGAGCCAACAUAUCCGGUUACAACACAAAGUAUUGAGUGCAGAUUGGUCACAGGAUGUCCAGAAGUGGUCAUUGGUCGUCAAUCAUGAUGAUUUACUCAUGGACAUCUCAGCAAGCUUUCUUGUCCUAGGCUCAGGUUAUUACGACUACUACACUCCACUCCAGACGGUGAUCCCCGGACUGGAAGACUUCAGGGGAACAGUCAUCAACCCCCAGUUUUGGCCGGCCAACUACGAACAUCGAGACAAGAAGAUAGCCAUCAUUGGAAGCGGGGCUACCUGUAUCAGUCUGUUCCCAGCAUUGGCAGAAUCAGCGGCACAAGUAACCAUAGUGCAACGAAGUCCUUCCUACGUAAUUUCUACCUCGCAUCUAGGACUGCUUUUGUCGCCCCUGCUAGAAUUCCUACAUGUCCCUUUGUCCAUACAACAUCGCUGUGAAAGAUUAUGGGUCACGUUCUUGUAUCAGAUGAUUGCACUGAUCUGCGCCUUUUUCCCUGUGCAAUCGAGAGGGUUUCUUCGGAAGUUGACGAUCCCACAGCUACCAAAGGGGUGCGAUCACGAUAUUCAUUUCAAACCCCUGUACGAUCCUUGGAAGCAACGUCUCUGCAUAUGCCCCGACGGCGACUUCUUUAAGACGCUACAUAAACCAAAUACCGGCAUUGUCACAGGGCAUAUCGAUAGGGUUACGGAGAACGCGAUUAAGAUGCAAGAUGGUACUGUCAUCAAUGUAGAUACCAUCGUAACAGCCACGGGAAUCACCAUGAGACUCGGUGGACAUAUCGAUAUAUCGGUUGACGGAAAGAAGAUGAAGUGGGAAGACAAACUCAUAUGGAACGGCUGCAUGCUCGAUGGUAUUCCCAACAUGGUUUUCCUCUUCUCGUACACGAAUUUCGCGUGGACUUUGGGUGCCGACAACACCGCGCGUACUCUUCUUCGGCUAAUGAAGCUGAUGAGGUCUAAGGGGCUCAAAUCCAUAACCCCACAACUCCCAGAGGAAGGUAUUCUCGAGACACGGAGACUAUGGAGCCUAGACUCGACGUAUUCCUUGCGAGCCGCUCCCGUUCUACCCAGAUAUGGAACAAAGGGACCUUGGAAGCCAAGAAUCUACGGUUUGCUUGACGAGGCAACCACUCGAUGGGGCAACGUGACGGACGGGUUGAGAUUUACUACUUAAUUAUCUUUCAGUCGGACUAUUAUUCGAAGUUUUUAUGAUUCAAAUCUGAGAUCAACUCAAGCAGAAUGAUAUAUACAACUAUCAGCUAGUUAUAACGAACGGGGAACAUAUACGCUGCCCCUAUUUUAUUCAUCCGCCGCACCUAAACCAGAACGCGACUCCCUUCCCAUAUGAAAACCCCCAAAAUUGAUUCGUAGGCAGUUAAGUUAUAUACUUCGAACAUUCAAAUCAAACCAG